GGAGCGCGAGCGCUCCGCGAGGGGUGGGGCUCGCGGGCGGCGCGCAUGCGUCCGAAGGGACGCAGCGGCUUCUUCCGAGCGAAGGGCAAGACGGUGGCCGAGAGGACACGGGGAAGCAGACGGUGGCCGAUGAGGUCGGGCAUGGAGCAUCUGGAGUGCUGCGCGAGGCUCCUCCGGGGGACGCUAGUGCGAGCGGCGGUGCGGCGCUACCUGCCCUGGGCGCUGGCGGCCUUCAUGAUGGCGGGCUCCCUCCUCAAGGAGCUCUCCCCGCUGCCCGAGAGCUACCUCAGCAACAAGCGCAACGUCCUCAACGUGUAUUUUGUGAAACUGGCCUGGGCCUGGACCUUCUGUCUCCUCCUGCCUUUCAUUGCCCUCACCACCUACCACCUGACAGGCAAGGCUGGCCUGGUCCUACGGCGGCUGAGUACCCUGCUUGUGGGCACAGCCAUCUGGUAUGUCUUCACAGCUCUUUUCUCCAACAUUGAACACUACACGGGCAGCUGCUACCAGUCGCCCGCCCUGGAGCGGGUCAGAAAGGAGCACCAGAGCAAGCAGCAGUGCCACGGGGAAGGAGGCUUUUGGCAUGGCUUUGACAUCUCGGGCCACUCCUUCCUGCUGACCUUCUGCGCCCUCAUGAUUGUGGAGGAGAUGGCCGUGCUGCAUGAGGUGAAGACAGACCGGAGCCACCGUCUCCACACCCCCAUCACCAGCCUGGUGGUGGCCCUGGGCUUUCUGACCUUCAUCUGGGUGUGGAUGUUUCUGUGCACGGCCGUUUACUUCCACAACUUGUCCCAGAAGGUGUUCGGCACCCUGUUUGGUUUGCUGAGCUGGUAUGGGACCUAUGGGUUUUGGUAUCUGAAAUCCUUUUCCCCAGGACUUCCUCCCCAGAGCUCUAGUUUGAAUUUGAAGCAAGACAGUUACAAGGAAUAAAAGAGAAACAAAAGGGGUGAUGGCA